AUGUCCUUCUUCAACAACCUUAGCUCGCGCUUGGACUCGACCUUUACCUCGCUGCAGACUCAAUUUGAAUCGGUGCUGGACGAGUCACUGGCUCGAGAGCAGGACAAUGACGAGGAGCAGCUCGCGGGCCAUGCACCCUCCACCGUGCCUGCUAGCACUCGUGCCAACGCUGAUACACAGAAACAACUCCUGAUGACGCAUUCACCAUUUCUGCGCGAGUAUGCGACUUGCACAGCUGUAGACGUCUUUGCCCACACCUGCCGACUUCAAUCGCUUGACUCACACAUGUCAUUGUGUUCGACGCAUCAACUUGACCGCAUCCAGGACCUACGCCAGUAUAGCAAGGUUCUCAGCCUUGAUUCCGCUCUGCGACACGCGCUGCGGACUGCUCGCGGCGAGAGUGCCGCUCUAGCCAAUCGCGUGUUGGAAGCCGUGGAACCCAAAGUUCAACACCAUGCGACUCAAAUCGAGUCCCUUACGCUUGAGGUCCGGCGAUUGGAAGAGCAGCUUGAGCAAGCGCAGCAUGACGCGGCUUCUACUGAUACUCAGGCCCGGGACGAGCAGGCGCCUGAUACCGCGUUGGAGGCACAGGUCACACAGCUUGAGGAGCUCCUUCGUGAGGCGCAGGAAUCACACGACAAUGUGCUUGCCGAUAUUCAAAAGGCGCGCAGCGAGCGCAACAAAGCGCAAGCUCGACACGAAACGAUCGCUGCAGAGUUGGAAGAGCUUGCAGCUAGCUUUCAAACCCUGGAACAAGCGCACGGUGCGCUAAAGGUUGAACAUGAUACAGCUUUGGAAAAAACUGUUCAGCUUCAAACCCAGCUUCAGGAGUUGGAAGCACAGCAUACGGCUACGUGUGCUGAGCGCGAUGAUUUGUCACAGAAGCUGACGGGCCUAGAACAACAACAAACUGAUUCGGCGACUUUGGCCGCUGACCUCGAUGCCAGCCGAGACCACCCAAGUCAACUCGAACAGCAAGUCGUAGACCUUCAGCAACAACUUGAAGCUCUGCAAGCAGAAAAAGCAGAACAGGGCGCUGAUGAGCAGGUUGAUUCCAACGCAACAGUAGGCCCAACCAUGCGCCGAUUGCUUGAAACGAUUCAACAGUUCAAUCAAACGCAACGUCUCCUCGGCAAACAACGCCAAAUUUGCGCGUCGCUGCAAUGCCAAUUACAAGAAGGGGAAUCGCGCUUGCCACCGUCCCAGAGCAGCGAUGAACGAGUUCAGGAGAGCAACGACCAACUCAAUCGCUCGCAGCGACUGCUUCAACAAGCACUCAGCAAUAGCACUGCGGCUGACCGGGUCCCCGUAUCCCAGAGCAGUGAUGAACGAGUUCAGGAGAGCAACGACCAACUCAAUCGCUCACAGCGACUGCUUCAACAAGCACUCAGCAAUAGCACUGCGGCUGACCGGGUCCUCGUAUCCCAGAGCAGUGAUGAACGAGUUCAGGAGAGCAACGACCAACUCAAUCGCUCGCAGCGACUGCUUCAACAAGCACUCAGCAAUAGCGCUGCGGCUGACCGGGUCCCCGUAUCCCAGAGCAGUGAUGGACGAGUUCAGGAGAGCAACGACCAACUCAAUCGCUCGCAGCGACUGCUUCAACAAGCACUCAGCAAUAGCGCUGCAGCUGACUGGCCAGUGACGCUCUUACUCUGCCACCGCGCACGACGUGAGCGGGAUCUGCUGGAGGUGGACUUGAGAUCUCUACGGGAUGAGCUGGCAGAUGCCCACGCAGCACUCAAAACCGAACAAGCUUCCCAAGUUGCUCUUCAGCAGCAAGCCACUGGCUGGGCUAAAAAUGAAGAAGACAUGCAAGAGCAAAUCAGGUCGCUGCAGGAGGAAGUGGAUGAGCUGACGGAUGCCAUGGACGCUGCACAAAAAUCUCACAAUGAGGAGAUGCGACAGGCGCGCCGAACGUUAGAGGAGAAGAUGCGUGCGCGCGAUGCUGCUGAGGCUGAGCUGCGCGCACAGCUGGAUACCGUGACUGCAGAGGUGAGCUACUGUCAAGGCAUGCAUCAGCAGCAACGAGAGAAUUCGGCCAAUGAAACAUCCGCCGCACUCGUGGAGCAGAUUCGGCAACUGCAACAGCAGCAAGCCACGGCACAAAAGACGCAUGCGGCCAAAGUCAAGAAAAUGAACUCCGACUUUUAUGAUGCGCUGCGCGCGAUUGAAGCAGAGCGAGAUGAUCUUCAGACACAACUGCAGGACUCUCAAAGCGCUGAACAAGCAGCGCUUGCAGACGUGAAACUCGAAGCAGAGCAUGAGCUGGAGCUGGGACGGAUUGAGGAGGAGCACCGCUCAGAAUUGGAUCAGCUACGCAGUGUGCUGGCUACUGAACCUAGCGACCAUGCCGAGAUGAGCAGGGACGUCCAGGCCCAGGUACGGGAGCUUCAGCUCCAGCUUCAAGAAGCACAGGAAGUUAGAGAGCAGGCCGUGCAGGAGUUGGCGCAAAGAGGCGAGGUGGAGCGUCUACAACUGCAAGACCUUCAGGCUGCACAGACCAGUGCGGUGGCGGAACUGGAGCGCGAGCUUGCGGCCGCAAACGAAAGAAAUUUCGUGCUUGAAGAGGAGGUGCGCGAGCGCGACGUUCAGGCCGAGAGUGCCCGCGCUGAUGCCCUGACGCUGCAAGACCGUCUGCAAGCCUUGCAGCAUGAACUUGACUCAGUCCAGCAGAAGUAUCGCGAGUUGGCUGCAUUGGACCGCGACUCUCUCCAUGAUGAACCUCGUCAGCGUGCAGACCCGGCUUUGGCAGACGUUUCUGCCAUUCCUCUGGUGGAACCUGAGACUGAGUCUGGGAUGACGGCUGAUGAAGUGGCUGAGCUACAGAAGCAAGCACAGCGUAGCCUACGACAGGUGGAGCAGCUCACGCAGCAGACUUUGCAAUUACAGCGCCACAAGGAACGCUUGGAAGAGAUGAAUACUGAGCAAGCUCAUCGGGUACAGACUUCUGAGCGUGAGCAGCAGCUGCUUCAGCGGCAAUUGAACGAUGCUUUGAAGGAGAUUCAGCGAUUGACGCGGCCUGCCAGCAAGGCGGUACCUGGUGACGCAGUAGCAGUAGACAUGCCCGGUGCCGAUGUCAAACCGACCCGUUCUGCUGGCCAUGUGGCUCAGGGAGGUGACGUCCUGCAGGGUUGUGUCAACUGCAUCCAGUUGCUGACCGACGGCAAGGUCAGCCGGCAAGUGGCUAUGGGGUACUUGGGUGGUGUUCAUCUUUUGCUGCUGUUUAUUAUCUUUCGAUGCUAUCUUUCCACUGCGAGUUGA